CCAUGAAACUCCCUGUCAUCUUUGGCCAGGUAGAUAAGAUGGAAGAGAAUGCUCAAGGGAGAGUUUGGACCGGUAAAGAUGCAGCUUCACGGGGUUUGGUUGAUGCUAUUGGUGGGCUCUCUCGUGCUGUUGCUAUUGCAAAACAGAAGGCAAAUAGGCCUCAAGACAGAUCAGUUACUCUUGUUGAGUUGUCAAGACCGUCCCCUACUGUAUCAGAAAUCUUGACUGGCAUAGGAAGCUCUAUAGUGGGUGUGGAGAGAACAUUGAAAGAACUACUGCAGGAUUUGACAUUUUCGAAUGGAGUUCAAGCCCGGAUGGACGGUAUACUGUUUCAGAAACUGGAGGAGGCUUCGGAUUCCAACCCCAUAUUCACUCUGGUAAAGGACUACCUAAGUUUCUCGAUCCGACCUCAAGAUAUGCCACCCAUAAGUUAA